AUGUUAUUUCCAGUUAUCACGUUAUUAUUCAUUUUCAUUUCAAUCUCAACUUGUUCUUAUCCAAUUAGAAAGAAAACAUGCAAUUGUAGAGAAGAAAUUCCUUCAAUGUAUGAAUUUUCCAAUUUUUUGGGUGUAAAUUAUAAAAUUGAAGGAUUUGGAUAUAGUUAUCCCAAACAAGAUCAAAUUGAUGCUAUACAAGAUUUGAUUGUUGAUUCAGUUAGUGUUUCAAGUACAAGUAACCGAUUUUAUUUAUGUUCUGCAGAAUGUGUAUAUUAUAAGAUUAAUAAAACUUAUGAAAUUUAUGGUGCUAUUGGUUUAGACAAGACUGAAGUUUUAAAUUUGAAUUGUAAUAGUACUUCUAAUUUUGGUGAUUGUUUAAUUGAUACAUAUGAUGAUAGGAAUGCUAAAGUUAUUGAUAAUCCAACUACAACUUUGAGAUCAAAAGUAAAAUUGAAUAGAAAAACAACAUUGAAAAAAGACGAUUUAUCAAAUAAGUUGCAAUAUGAUUAG